AGACGUAGACGGAAAAAAUAGAGAAAGUUAAUAGAAAAGCUUGAUAAGAAACCAAAAAAACAAAUUUAUAUUUGGUAAAAGGAUGGGAAUCGAAAGAGGCGGGAUGCCUGUGUAACAGGGUGACCGCGUACAAGGCGCUGUGUCAAGACAAAUAUGGCGGACGAAAGUGCUUUUCGAAACUUUUCUCUGCUUAUACCUAAAGUAGCAAUCGAGAAACACGUGGAGACAUGGCUAAAGGAAGAUACUCCAAGCUUUGACUACGGAGGCUUUGUCGUGGGGUCUAGCGUAGAGAAGGCUGUUUUACUGUGCAAAUCAGACGGGGUCUUGGCCGGUGUCCCUUUUUUCAACGCCAUAUUUGAGAAACUGGAUUGCAAAGUGGAAUGGCAAAACAACGAAGGAGAUCCUAUAAAAGCUGUCUCUGUGAUAGGAACUGUCACAGGCCCGGUAAACAAGAUACUCCUCGGCGAGCGAGUAGCGCUGAACUGUAUUUCCAGGGCAAGUGGAAUCGCUACGAAAUCCAGAUCCCUCACCAAUCUAAAAGAGCAGUACCAAUGGCACGGCGAAAUCGCUGGUACAAGGAAAACUACCCCGGGGUUUCGUGUUGUUGAAAAGUAUGCGCUAGAGGUGGGAGGAGUGUCGACGCAUCGCUAUGAUUUAUCCACCAUGAUAAUGUUAAAGGAUAACCAUAUAUGGAGCACCGGUAAUAUUACACGAGCAGUGAAGAAUGCAAGAAGGGUGGGGGGCUUCAGCAUGAAGAUCGAAGUAGAAUGUCGAUCCCUAGAGGAGGCCCUAGAAGCAGCACAUGCAGGUGCUGAGAUUGUCAUGCUGGAUAAUUUUGAACCUCAAGCUUUGCACACAACUGCAAAAACACUGAAAGGAAAGUGUGCUGGUGUGAUAAUUGAAGCUAGUGGUGGUAUCAAUGAUUCAAGCAUCGCUCAGUACUUUGGGCCCCAUGUUGAUGUCAUCUCUCUGGGGUGUCUAACACAGGGUUAUAAGCCAGUCAAUUUCUCACUUAAAAUCAAGAAAGAUGGCCAUGAUCCUAGAAAUCUUCCUGUCAAGCAAAUAGUGUCAUAGCAAAAGUGAUUUUAAACACUGAAAAUCUGGACAUAUAAUAGAGUUUGUUCAAAUAUGUUUAAUUUUCAGAUCAAACAGGCAAAAAUCAGCAUUUAAUAUUAAAACUAAACUUGUAUAGAGAUGAAAAAAACAUUGUAGAUAAGUAGCCAAUGCUUUAAACAUGACAGUGCUAAACACAAAAUCCCUUUCUCAAAGAUUAAAACUUAGGGCAGGCAAAAAUCUCUCAAUAAAAGAUUACUUUUUGCAAAA